GAAAAGGAAGCUAGAUGAGCUCAGCCUCCUUCAAAAGAGAAACAGGCACCUAAAGUGUUCAGCUUUGUGCUCUGCUAAACACCCAAGACUGCGCAGUGGAAGGAUCACUGAAAGGGGCACCGGAAGCCAUGUCAGGCAGAAAAUCCAAGAAGAACCAGAGGCUUGGUUCAUCACGACGAGGUCCUAAAGGUCUUAACAGAAAUAUCGAGAAAGAUGAUGAUGAUGGGUUUCAGCAAAUUGCAGAGUCUGAGGAUGGCCGUGAUGAAUUUCACACCACCAGUGCAACACAGUUUGAUCAUUUGCCAAGCUCAAGCACUGAACAACAGCCAUCUGAGUUAGAAGGUCUUCCACAUGCUAGGGGUCACAAGGAUUCACUCACAGAGACUGAACUGCCAGAACGGAAAAGAAAAAUCGGUUCAACUCGCAAGAGUACUGCUAGGUUUAAAGGUGAUAAAAAUCUUGAUGAUGUGAGGACCACUGAAGAGUUAGAUGAAGAAUACAAAACUCAACCAAACACACUGACCACUGAGAAACCAGAUGCUUCUCUAACAGAAGAAGAACAGUCAAGUUUUCCUUCUGAUGUAUCCCAUCAGACCAAAGGUUCUGGAUUUGGAAAGAUGUCUGGAACAACUCUUAUGUUUGCAGUUCCAGAAAAUAAAGAAAUACUCCCUCAUUCCCAUGAGUUAGUAAAUGAUAUGCUUAUAGAUGAAGCAGUGGGGCCAUCUGCCCAUUCUAUUGCUGUCACAGUAGCUGAGUGUGAUUUGUUGCAGAAAGAUUCAGUCAUGUUUAAUAAACCCAAAAUACUUAGUGACCAAGAAGCCCAAAUAGCCAGUACCUCUGGACAAAAAAGAAGGAUGGGCUCAACCCACAAACCUCUUGGAGGGCAAAACAGUGAAAACGUAGGUGUGCAAGAACAUUCGCGAAACAUGACAGAGAACGAAAGGAAAGCAGAAGUCAUGGGCGAAGCAAAGUUAAAAAUGUCAGAAGAUAUGGUGCAAACAUGGGAUGAUGUGGCAAGAGAUGAUCCAUCAUCCCACACAAAAUCAGCUUUACUUUUUAGUCAGUCUCUAUUGGCUGAUGGAACUGAGGUCAAAGAAUCUCAUGUCUCAACUGGAACUGAAACUGAAACUAUUAACCAGUUAGUUACUUUUCCUCUUGAUGAUUCAGAAAAGCCCCUACAUGAAAUAUUUAGUCACCAUGGGACUUCAUUACUGAAUGAGGCAUUGGAUUUCGAGAUUGGUUCACACACUGAGGAUUUAGAUGGUCUAAACAAAGUUUUGAAAGAAGCAGGAAGUCAUUCAAGUGAUAACAGCCAACAUGUGUCUGAUACAAAAACAGAUACUAACCCGUCUUAUGACUUUAGAGAUGUAAACACAGAAGCCAAGAAGGAGGUUCUAAAACAGAAAGAAGACACACAAUUAGAGGAACUUUCAUUGCGUGAUCAAGAAUCUUCAUUAAGCCAACAUGACAUAGCCGCUCUAGAUAAUAGCUAUGAUUGUUCUAUGGUUCAAACUAUAGUGGGAGGAUGUAGAAGUUUUGAUAUGCCUGUGUCUAAUAUUAGCCAUACUGAACCCACAACUCCAAAUUUACCACAUAAGAUGAAGGAUGAUGUUGAAGAAAGACAAGAGAUUCAUAUAGAAAUAAAACAAGAAAAUAAUGUUUGUAAAGUAACAUGUGAUACUCUGACUGAUUUGGUGUCUGUUAUGGAAGAAGAUAAAGAUCCCCAUAUUUUAGCAAUGAGAGAAAAUGAGAAUAUGAGUGAUGAAAGAGGAUCUGAAACAGAAUAUGCUUUUGAAAUGACAGACCAGGGUGAUGUAAGAGAUCACAAUGUAUCACAAAUAAUGGUGGAUGUAAGAGGUAAUGAAAAAGACAUUGAAACAAGCACAGAGACCAUUUGUAUUUCACACCAAUUGGAUUUUACAACUGAAAAAGGGGAGUUAUACAGAGGACAAGAGCAUUUUUCAUUGAAUAUAUCUCUAACACACAGUACAACACAAGAUAAUGCUGGGAAGAUGCUAGAAAAUGAGGAAGUUAGAAAAGGCCAAAAAGAGACUGAAAAUGCUGCAGUUAAUGAUGUGUCCUCAGAGUCAGAGGAAAUGUUUAGUUGUAAAGACUUAGCAACGGAUAGAGGAUCUCACGUACACCAACAACUGUUGAUGCAAUCUCCUGAUAAAGGUUAUCACUUGCAUGAAAAUUUCAAAGACAGAGGUGAAAAGAAAGGAAUACUUUUCAGUGUAGAAUCAGAGAAUGCAGCUUUUGAUAGACACAAUGUGAGAAGUGAAGGAACAGACAGAAUUAAGGAGAUGGAUGCAGCACCAGAUGUGGAAGAUGCAGACCUACAUUUAGAAAUUGAGGCACAGAACAAAACAUUUGAUUCAACAAACAGUGAAGCAGAUGGAACAGAAAGGAAUGUCAGUGGUGCUAGUGUUUUAGUCAGAGAGAAUAAAGUUAUUAAAAAUACAGUAGAGAGUACGAGUCAUUCGUCAGAUUUUCCUGAUUCUCACAUGGAAGCACUGAAAGUGUCUGAAAAUUGUGAGAAGGAAGUUUCAGGAGAAACAAACACAAUUCACAAGCAAAGUGACAUUAGCAUCAUUCCUGAAGAUUCUCAAAGAGAAAAGACACAAUCAAAGUCAAGUCCAGUUAUUCAGAAGAGAAAAAUGGGUUCAACUCGUAGACCUCUUCGAGGGAAUACAGGACAAAGAAAAGGCCAUGAUGAAAAAGAAAUCUUCAGUUUGGAGGAUGAACCCAGUCCAGAAGAAUCCACAUAUACUGCAGUGAGUAUCUGUGACAUUUCAGAAUCACAAACCGUCACAGAAAUUCAUGCUGGGUCCCAUGAAAAUACUGGACAUGUACCAGCAGAGGGAGACACAGAAUCACACUCAGAAAACAAAAUGUUUGACUCAACAGCAGUGUUAGUUACUGGAGAUGAUGUUACAGCGCACAGUCAUAUGACUACUGAAUCAGAUUUUCAUCAAACUUCUGAUGCAAACAUGGAAACGCUGAAGGUAUCUGAAAAUCCUGAAGAUUUAAGUGAUGCACUCAGAAAUUCACAAUCAGAAAAUCAACCAGAAAACAAAAUGAUUGAGGUAACAUCUGAAGCAGAAAAAUCAGAAGAUACCAUCUGUGAAACUAGUGUUUCAGUCAGAGAAGAUGAAGUUAUUGGAGAUUCAGAUACAGUGAAGUUUAAUAUUACUAAUGAGUCAAAUUUGCUUCAAGAUUACACGAUAAACGACACAAAACUAGAAGCACUGGAAUUAUCUAAUACAACUGAGUAUAUUUCUGCUGUGACGGAUUCUGUCCUUGUGCACGAUGAUGGCACUGAAGGAUCAAGAGAGACAGACACACUUCCUGAGCAAAGUCACAUCAACAUCAUUCCUGAUGAUUCUCAUGGAGAGGAGGCACAUUCAGUAUCAAGUCUAACUGUUCACAAGCGAAAAAUGGGUUCAACACGUAGACCUCUAAGUGGGAACAAAGGACAAAGAAAAGAAACAAAACAUCAUGAUGAAAACGAGACACUUGACAGUGACGAUAUGAUCAAUGCAGAGAAACAAACAAUUAGUUUGGAGAAUAAGUCCAGUCCAUAUGAAUCUACCUUACAAAGCACAAAAGAUGUUACUAAAGUAGAGGAGAUGGAAGUAUUUGAGAAGAAUGAUGUUGGUCCUGUUGAAGAGUCUGAAUCUGCUCUCCUGCAGUCUUCAUGUACUUUAGAUUUAGUGUCUGAAGAAUCCACUGCAAUAAGUAUCUGUCACAUCACAGAAUCACAAACCCUCACAGAUAUUCAUGUAGUGUCCCAAGAAAAUGCUGGAGAUGUUGAAAGAGUGGCAGCAGAGAAAGACAAAGACUUACAAUUAGAAAUUGAGGCACAGAACAAAACACCUGACUCAACAACCGGUGAAGCAGAAGAAACACAAAAGAGUAUACAUGAUGCUACUGUUUUAGUCAGAGAAGUAGAAGUUAUUGGAGAUACAGAUACAGUGGAGAGCAAUAUGACUAUAGAGUUAGAUUUCAUUCAAAGAUCUCCUGAUGCUCACAUGGAAGCAAUGAAAGUGUCUGAAAAUUGUGAGAAGGAAGUUUCAGGAGAAACAAACACAAUUCACAAGCAAAGUGACAUUAGCAUCAUUCCUGAAGAUUCUCAAAGAGAAAAGACACAAUCAAAGUCAAGUCCAGUUAUUCAGAAGAGAAAAAUGGGUUCAACUCGUAGACCUCUCAGAGGGAAUGCAGGACAAAGAAAAGGCCAUGAUGAAAAAGAAAUCUUCAGUUUGGAGGAUGAACCCAGUCCAGAAGAAUCCACAUAUACUGCAGUGAGUAUCUGUGACAUUUCAGAAUCACAAACCGUCACAGAAAUUCAUGCUGGGUCCCAUGAAAAUACUGGACAUGCUGAAAUAAUACCAGCAGAGGGAGACACAGAAUCACACUCAGAAAACAAAAUGUUUGACUCAACAGCAGUGUUAGUUACUGGAGAUGAUGUUACAGCGCACAGUCAUAUGACUACUGAAUCAGAUUUUCAUCAAACUUCUGAUGCAAACAUGGAAACGCUGAAGGUAUCUGAAAAUCCUGAAGAUUUAAGUGAUGCACUCAGGAAUUCACAAUCAGAAAAUCAACCAGAAAACAAAAUGAUUGAGGUAACAUCUGAAGCAGAAAAAUCAGAAGAUACCACCUGUGAAGCUAAUGUUUCAGUCAAAGAAGAUGAAGUUAUUGGAGAUGCAGAUACAGUGAAGUUUAAUAUUACUAAUGAGUCAAAUUUGCUUCAAGAUUACACGAUAAACGACACAAAACUAGAAGCACUGGAAUUGUCUAAAACAACUGAGAAUAUUUCUGCUGUGACGGAUUCUGUCCUUGUGCACGAUGAUGGCACUGAAGGAUCAAGAGAGACAGACACACUUCCUGAGCAAAGUCACAUCAACAUCAUUCCUGAUGAUUCUCAUGGAGAGGAGGCACAUUCAGUAUCAAGUCUAACUGUUCACAAGCGAAAAAUGGGUUCAACACGUAGACCUCUAAGUGGGAACAAAGGACAAAGAAAAGAAACAAAACAUCAUGAUGAAAACGAGACACUUGACAGUGACGAUAUGAUCAAUGCAGAGAAACAAACAAUUAGUUUGGAGAAUAAGUCCAGUCCAUAUGAAUCUACCUUACAAAGCACAAAAGAUGUUACUAAAGUAGAGGAGAUGGAAGUAUUUGAGAAGAAUGAUGUUGGUCCUGUUGAAGAGUCUGAAUCUGCUCUCCUGCAGUCUUCAUGUACUUUAGAUUUAGUGUCUGAAGAAUCCACUGCAAUAAGUAUCUGUCACAUCACAGAAUCACAAACCCUCACAGAUAUUCAUGUAGUGUCCCAAGAAAAUGCUGGAGAUGUUGAAAGAGUGGCAGCAGAGAAAGACAAAGACUUACAAUUAGAAAUUGAGGCACAGAACAAAACACCUGACUCAACAACCGGUGAAGCAGAAGAAACACAAAAGAGUAUACAUGAUGCUACUGUUUUAGUCAGAGAAGUAGAAGUUAUUGGAGAUACAGAUACAGUGGAGAGCAAUAUGACUAUAGAGUUAGAUUUCAUUCAAAGAUCUCCUGAUGCUCACAUGGAAGCACUGAAAGUGUCUGAAAAUUGUGAGAAGGAUGUUUCAGGAGAAACAAACACAAUUCACAUGCAAAGUGACAUCAGCAUCAUUCCUGCAGAUUCUCACAGAGAAGAGACACACUCAAAGUCAAGUCCACCUCACACACAAACUGGUCCAUCACAGAAUGAUACUGGCUCACAUUUAUUCCCAGAGUUCCCAGAAAGUAUUGCAGAUUUUGUGAGAGACAGUAAUAGUUUUCCUGAUGUGGUCAUGUCUGAUGCCCUACUUAUGAAGGAAACCCAAAUUUAUGUGUCAUCUAAUGAUGUUCCUCCAACAGAGGUGGUUGAAAUGAAUCCAGUCUCCAAAAUGUCUAUGCAGAAGAGAAAAAUUGGGUCAACUCGUAAGAGAGUGAAGAGAAUGGUAAAUGACAAGGAGGAUGAAGAUGACAAAGUGGGAGCAUCUGAAAAUAUAACAAAUGAUGAUGAGGCAACAAAGUCAGAAGAGAAAUUAACACCCAAUGAAGCCAUUACAGGAUCCUCUGUACAUCAGCAACUGUUCAGCUCACCUGAUGAUAAAGAAGGCCAUGACAUUCAAGAUAUUCUUUGUAAAUCAGAUGUACAGGCAGACAAAUAUGAACAAAAUGAUUCAAACUCUACCACAAAUCUAAAGCUAUUGAUAGAAUCUGAAUGUUCUUCAAAUGUUGCUGCUGAAAUGGUUUCAGACAUUCCAAAGGGAGAAGCAUACUUAAAGCUUAAACAAAAUGUCACUCCUAAAGAGUCUCAUAGAGAAGAUCAACCAAAUUUAAAUCCAGUUGUUCAAAAAAGAAAAAUGGGCUCAACGCGUAAGACGCUCAGAGGACACAAAGGGCAGGAGAGAAAAACAGAAUCCAAAAAUAUGAAUGAAAAUAGUGAAGGAAUAACACAGGAACAGAAUACAGAACCACAUUUAGAAACCAGUGCAAGAAAAACUGAACUUGAUGAAGAGGUUGAACAAAAUUUCCCAGAUGAUUUUUCUCAUCCAGUUGCUUCUUCAGACAUUUUCCUUGAACCAGAAAAUUUUGUGAAGGAAGUUUCUCAGAAUAUCCAUGACCUAUCUGAGGUGAAUGAGGAAAAGGGGAUGAACAUUACUGGAAAUGACAGUAAUUGUCGGAGUGAGCCAAUUAAUCUCAAUGAGGGGACACAACACAAAUUUGUCUUGACAGUUAGUCACAAAGAUAAUCAGAUCGUGUCAGAGGCUGAACAAACUGAAAACACACAUGAGGUUAUUCCCACGCAAAAACUAAAAGCCACUCAGGAUGAUGUUGUUCAUGAAAACAACUCUCAAAAAUUACCUGCCACCCAAGAAAAGAGGCGAAAGAUGGGCUCAACCCGGAGAAAUCCUCGAGCAAUGCAAGGGAGAAAUAUGGCAGAUAAUGAAGAAAUACUUGGUUUGGCAGAGGAUGAUUUGAAAGAAGCAUUAAGCAUAGGUCAGGCCGAGGAAGUGUCUUCAGUCAGCACCACAGAUGUUCAAUCAGAAAUGCUUGUUGGUGCAACUGAUUUAAAAGUUGAAAAUGUUCACAGUUCUAGACCAACAGUGCCCGAAACAUCUGAAAAUACACUUCUCAGUGAGAUAGAGAGAGCAUUAAAUAAGGCUUCUCAAAGUCCAUUGAGUUGUGAUUGGGAAUUAAUUGCCAAAGAGCAAAACCCAGAUGACUUAGCCAAUGCUCCUGAUCACAAUAUGCCAGAAAACUCAGAAAUCAGAUCUCUGCAGCCAGUUCCAUCAGCUCACAGUGAACCAAUCUCACCAGGAGGACGAAGAAGAAAAAUGGGUUCAACUCGCAAAAAUCCAAGACAGCAGCUCAAAGCAGAAAGGGAGGAUGAAGACAAAGAGGAUGAGGAAAUACAUGAGAACUCAAAGGAAAAUAAGCAAGAAAAGAAGGACCUUGAAAGAGUUGAGGUGUCUGUGAUGCAUAAUAUCACUGAAAACAAACUGAAUAAAGAGUAUCUUGAUGUGUCUAGUGCACAUGCAAGUAGCAAUCAGCUACAAGAGGGCACUAACCCUGUUAGCCAAGAAAAGACGUCUCCAUCAACUAAAAGGAAGUUUGGGUCCAGACGUGCUAAUAAGGGCAAACAAGGCCUUAGUAGGUUGGCUGAUUCAGACUUUGACAAUGAAUUAGAAGAUGGAGAUCAACAACCAGACAGCUUUGAGGUCAAGGACAAGCUGAACAGUGCUGACUUAGCGGCUUGUGAUCCAUGCAUCAGCCUACAACCAGAGAAUCAACCAGCUUCUGAGCAGAGGAACAUGGAAGCCAUAAAUGAAGAAGCUGCUCCAAAAGACACUGGUGCUGGGCUCGUUUCUUUCGAACAAAUCAUAAAACAUGAUAGCAGCACUAAAGCAAAACAGGCAGUACAUUUAAAAAACAGGAUUUCAGAUACUGAAGUAGUUCAGUUUAAUGUUGUCAUGGUGGGAAACAGCUGUGUGGGAAAGACUUCCUUCAUAAGACGCUUCCAUGAAGGCCAGUUUACCGAGGAUUACCGAUCCACUAUUGGUGUUGACACCUGUGUACAGACUGUUGCGCUGCCUGACAAAACUGUUAAACUGCAUAUAUGGGACACAGCAGGUCAAGAGAGGUUUCACAGCAUCACCACACAAAUGUUCCACAAGGCUGAUGGGCUUCUGCUCAUGUAUGAAAUCACAUGUUCAAAGAGUUUUAUUUCUGUACGAGAUUGGAUCUCUCAAGCUCGGGAAAGGGCCCCUGAUGAUGUCAUCAUGAUGUUGCUUGGAAACAAAAAUGAUUCUGUAAAGCGUGAAGUUCAGAUUCAGGAAGGGGCGGAUCUGGCCAGAGAGUAUAACAUACAUUUCAUGGAAUGCAGUGCUGCAACUGGGGCGAAUGUGUCAGAAUCCAUGAUGGGUCUCGCAGAGAUGUUAGUGCAGCGCAAGUCACAGAAGGAGAAACACACAACACUGAGAAGAGAUCCACCACAGAAGAAAUCUGGUUGCUGUUGAAAACACACUCCCACACACACAACAUGCACAACCAUUCCAACUGUUGGGUUAGUAAGAUAUAUUUUUUUUACAAGAAUUAAUAUUAUUAUUCAGCAAGUAUGCAUUAAAUUAAUUAAAAAUUCACAGUAAAGACCAUGUACAGAGAAAAAACUGUUAUAAAUAAAUAAUUUUCUUUAAUUAUCUGUUUAUCAAGGAAUCCUGAAAAAAAUAAAUUUUAAAUGGUUUUCAUACAUUAAGCUUUCCUCUUACAGGAACUUCAUGUAAAAAGUACCUUUUUAUUUCAUAAUUUUACCAACCCUAAAUACUUUGUAAAAAGUAAAAGAAAAACAAUUUACUGCUUUCAUAUUGUUGCUUUAGAAGAAUGGCGUUUUUGUAUUUUAUGGAUAUGUACGAAGUACAAUAAUGGUUUCAAACAUAAUAAUAAAAUGAUACAUUUA